CCUUUGCAAGUUAGGGGUGGGGCUGGGCUCGCUGGCCUGUGCCAGGCUCUCCUUCCUGCUCCCCCAAGGAGACCAGGGGCUGUGUGCUGUGUGCCAACCGUCUUAUGUGAUCCCCAAUUUUAUACUUUGGGGACAGGAAAGAAGUUCAUGAGAUUAAGCUAGGCUCUCCGGAGACCACACAGCCAUCAGCCUUGGGGCCAGGCUGGACCCCAGUGCUGUCCAGGCCCCAGUCCAGCUCCUCAGCUGAGCUGGCCGCGGGGUGACUGUGUGGGGACUGGGCGGGGCGGAGCAGCUGCAGGUAUAAGAGCAGCCGGGCGCCCUGGGAGCCAGACCUCUCCCCAGGAGAACAUGAGGCUGCUCCUUGGGCUCCUGUUGGCAGCUGCCUUGAGCCUGGAGCUGGCCCAGGCCUUGCAGUGCCACCAGUGCAAGGGCUUCGGAGGAUGCGCCCAGAAGACCAAAUGCCCAUCCAGGUCCAGCCACUGCAUCAGUAUCGCCACCCGGGCCCCUAGCAACUUCCCAGACCUGCCUCUUAUCACCAAGAUGUGCUACAGAGGCUGCCCUGACAUCAGCACCCUGGGCCUGGGCCCCUACGUGUCCAUCGUCUGCUGCCAGGCCAGCCUCUGCAACCGUGACUGACCGCCCCCGCUGCCCCCAGCUGCUCCCCCGCCCGCCUCACAGAGCUCCCAGCCAGUCCGGCCCCAAGCAGAUGCUGCUCCUGAGGCAGCUGGGAGGGCACUGGGGCUGGGGGCACGGGAGGGGCGCCCCAACUCAGGGCAGGAGUCCAGGAAGCCCAGGGACCCAGAGGCUAUGCUGGGGUGGGUUGAAGGAAGGGAGGCCAUGGCAGGGAAUGGAAGGAGAGAACACAGAUACCCUAGAGGUGUGCCGGCCCCCACCACGUGCACACACAUGUGCACAUGUGCAGCCAGGCGCGGACACGCACCUGGGCAGCUGCUCCUAGAGAAACCUGCUCCUCCUUGGCCGGGAAUCUGAGCUUCUUCACAGCCCCCGCUGCUCCUCCCCUCCUGCCUCGCUUCUUUCUCCCAGAUCCCCCUCCUCUCUGCCAAGCCCCUCUUGCCCUGAAACCUUUCCCCCGCCCCCCCCACAGGAGUCCCUCCAGCCCUGUGACUGUUCACCUCAUGGUAGACACAAGGAGGCCUUAAGCUGAUGUCUGUGACGGUCACUCACUCACUGAGUGAAUGUUUAAUCCUAGCUGCAACAAGGCCCCAGGCUCAGCCUUGGGCUGCAAGGUGGAGGAGACCCCCCAGGUCACCCCCAGGCACCCCACCUGGCCCUCUUUUGGGCCCUUGUUCACGCGGAAGAAAACACAGACAGGCCAGUGAAAUUGUGCAGCCGGCGGGCAGGGAGCACCGAUGUCCCAGCCGAGGGUGACCAGUACCAAGGCACAUGGGAGGGCCCUGACCAGGAGACACAGAGAGGGCUGGAGGCCCCAACCAGCCCCCCCUGCGGGCCGGACUGGCAUCCCUAAUGGUGGUCCUUCAUGUCAGGGGGACAAUGUGCAGAAGGUGGGGAGCUGACCGCCAUGGAGGAGAAGGCAAGCCGACUGCUCCCACCCGCACGCCUGCUGCACUGAAAGCCUUUCCAACUGAACCAAAGUUGUAAGCGUCAAAAGAAAGAGAUUCUUUUCAGAUGAUGGUUCAGAAUAGAAAGCGAGACGCGUCCUCCAAAUGGUUAAACACAGAGUUACUGUCUGACCAGCAGCCCUGUCGCUAGGCACCGACCCGAGAAAGGGACACAGCAACGUGUCCAUCACAGUCACAAGGUGGCCCCUGAACUGACGAAUGAAUAAACAAACGUGGUCGCUCCAGA